AUGGCGAAUACGCAAGGAGGGUCUGGUAAGAACCCUUACUGUAUCAAUGAUUCAGAGCCGCCACGCUGGUUCUCUAAACCAUCAAUCCCGUUCUCUACACCAACGAAUACGGCUAGCAUUGCGGGCUAUGUCGACUUUAUCGACGAAGACAACCCUACAGAAAGACAUAUCGACGAAGUACCUGCAGGUAGCCGAGCUGCAGACCAAAGGAGACCUAAGCGCGGCCGCAGAUCCGACUUGGAAAACGGAAACCCAGCAGCUGAGCGACGAAAGUCAGACUGGAUGACCAGUGAUCCAGACCGUGACGUGAUUGACUUGACUUUCAGUGACGACGAGGGGGGUGUGAGAGGCCGCCGCCAUGCGUCACGAAGCGAGACAAACAAUGUCUCUAGCCCGGCGAAAGCUGGACCAUCGUCAACGAUUGAGGUGUCCAAAACACGACCAGCAGAGAGAGUGAAGCUUUCCGAACCAAUUACACCAUCCUUCUCGCUGCUCCAUUUUGCAGCUGCAAACAGUAGGACGUCUUCCCAUUCUCCAAUCGGAGGUCGAGCCGACCCUGAGCGCGAACAGACCACUCCACGGCGCGUUAAUGCUGAUGCGACUUCGACAGCGCGGCGCGAAAAAGAUGUCGGCCAACCAGGAACAUCCGGCACACCAACACGACUUCCAGAGGGAACACAAAGGAUCCGCGACCCGAACGUUUCGCGAAUCCUCACAAAGGCAAGGGCUAUCAAAAGUGCUACAAGUCCUCCAACACGCAGGACAGGCUUUGGCCAACUUACCGGUACUGAUCGCCCCGCCAGUGACCAUGCAUAUUCAUCGAGUUCUGCCAUCGUGUCAAAACACAUAUCAGGACGGCAAGCAUCGUUUGCAAAACGCGGACCAGGCUCGGAGCUUUCGAACAAACCUGACACCGAAACUAACCCCAAGAACGGGAAUAUAGGUCAAAGCAAAGUUGCAAGAAGCCUACCGCUAGAUGUACUGCAUGAAAACAGUCUUGGUGAGGAUACCGACAUGGGUGCUCAGGUCUCCGAGCCUGGAGAUCUGCUUGCUUCAGUUUCUUCGCCAACUGAGCUGGAAAAUCCCCAACCAGGCAUUCGAACAUCUCCACUCCCAACAUGUCUGUCUUCUUCCGAAGUAGUUGAAGCUCAAGUAGACGAUAUGGCACAGCUGCCACCACUGGAAAAUAUAGACACGAACCAACUAGGUUAG